ACACAAGGCAUUGCGCGCUCUCACUUCUUCAACAGAAAAGGGAGGAGAUGCGCCUGACGGCUCUACUGCCACAUUAAAACCCACAAUCAGCACAAAUGACCAAACCGAACAGGUCUGUCCCAUGGGCAGGGUGGGUCUUGUGAGUUUGUGUGAUCUUCAGCACUGAGCUCGAUGUCUUCUGAAUGUACGUGGUCGGUCCUCGUCGUCUUGUGCUUCAUCUUGGCUACAGGUGCACAUGGAGGAACUGUGUGCACUGCAAAGUCAAGCAAAGGAGAAGAAGUCCUCUUAGGAUCCAAAUUCACCUUCUCCUGCAACUUUACCGAGCAAUGCAUCAAGCAGGCUUUUCUGAACACGACACUAAUUAAACAAGAACCCUCCAAUUCCCCAAAAGAGAUGUCGGUGGACGUUGAGAAUAUAACAGAUCUGAGCAUCUACAGCUGCAAGUGUAAGGGGAACACAGAACCAUGUGGAAUUGACAUCAAACCAGGAUACCCUCCAGAUGUUCCACAAAAUCUGACCUGCAUUCAAAAAAUGAAAUCUGGCAAUGUCAGUUGCAUUUGGACAACAGGAAGAGGUACCAUAAUCAGCACGACCUGUAAAAUACGGGUUCACGGUGACCCGCACCCUGAAUAUAUGAGUAUUAUGGAUCCUAGAGGAGUUUGUCACUCCACCUUCCCUAUCAAAAGCCCUAUAUCACAGCUUGUUGUGUCGCUCAACGUCUCUAAUAGCCUGGGCUCAAAAACCUCAGGCCCCCACACCUUCAUCCUCAGCAAUAUAGCAAAACCCUCAAUGCCUAACAUCAGUGAAGUGAGCUGCUCCUCCCGAUGGUGCAACCUACACACAGACAAUCAUAGCAUGAACUUGGUUGAAAUCCAGUACAGCUCAGGAAAUGGCAUUUGGAACACCAACCAGAUUAAUGCUAAGAGCAGAUUGAACAUAUCCUCACUGCAGCCAGAUAGUACAUACACGUUCCAGAUCAGGAGGAAAAUAAACCAGAAAGUAGGUCUGUGGAGUGACUGGAGUCAACCAAAGAAAGCAAAAACCAAAGAAGAAGCUCCUGAUAAGGCGCUUGAUGUCUGGUACCUUCAAGAACCGAAACCCCCACAACCUAACAGCAAGUGUUUCCGCAUAUUUUGGAAGGAACUGAAUAUAUCAGAUGCUAAGGGGAAAAUUCAGAGGUAUAAUAUAAGUGUUCGGGAGCAAACGGGAAUGAAUUCUUUCAUCGCAGUUCCACCCAGCAGAAAUCAGAGCAUAUGCUGUUCUAAUUGUUCUGUGUCAGUGUCCGCAAGUAACUCAGAUGGCCAUUCUCCUGUCAAAUUUAUUCCGCUGCAUGUUCCAGGUCUGGUUUCAGUUUCCCUGUCAUACCAGCCAUUGAAUAGUCAUAGCAUUGCCCUCUCCUGGACCAAGUUUGCCACUGAGUAUGUGGUGCAUUGGUAUCCGGUUGAAAACAUAGAGGGAAUUCAGUGGAUUAAAGUGGUGGAUGCCAAAGUUCACAUUACAGGUCUACAGCCUCAAGAAUGCUAUCAGGGUGCAGUCACUGCUCUGCGACAAUCUCGUCCCAAAAUGGUAUCCAUUACAGGCUUUGCCACAAGGCAAUCAGUCCCAGAACAGGGUCCAGUUCCUCAGCUUGGCUGGAAGACGAGCGAGAGCAUGAACGUGACAUGGUCCAAAAUCCCUCCCAAGAAAAGAAGAGGCUGUUUGAAAAAAUACACUGUUUACUUGAUGGACAAGUUGAAGGGAGAUAUUCACAAUUUCAGUGUAGACCAUCCAGAGACACAGUAUGUCAUCAGUGGACUGUCACCAGGACAGUGUUACAAUCUAUGGGUCACUGCCUGGACUGAUGCUGGGGAGGGACCCAGAGGAAGUGAUCUCCCAUUCUGCACACCAUCAGACUCUGAGAGAAUGCUGUCCCUUGUCAUUCUGGCUGGUGGAGCAGUACUUUUGGGCUGUCUAAUCCUCCUGUGCCUCUGUCAGUUCACCUCUGUCCAGAAAAGGUUCUUAUGGUGUUGCCAGUGUCUACUGCCUAUUAUUCCAGAUCCAGCAAACAGCAAAUGUGCAAAGACGUACACUGAUGACCAGAGUGAAAUUAAAUUCUACCUAGACCAAUGUGACUCCAGCGUGAAUGAGGAGCCCGAUAACGUGGAGGUGGAGGAAGUUUCCUAUCCCCCCAUCUGCGCCUACAUCAAAAGUUUCUCUCAGGAGUCCAGCUCCUCUGACGCCACCCAGAUCACCAGGAUCACAGACAUCACAGAGGACUACAUUUCCACUCAUGGUGCAAUAAGUGGAGGAGAAGAGGAAGAUGAAGAAGAAGAGACGGGUUUGGACGAAUUUGAAUUCUUCCCAAGCACUCACAGCCCUUUCCUGGAGCCCCUGGUUUUAAGUGGAGGGAAACUGACGCUAGAUGUAGUGAAAAUAGACUGCAGCGAAUUUCUGGAUUGCACGUGAUUUCAAGAAGCAUUAAAAUUUGACUUGACUGAGUGUGACUGUACUAUGGAUGCUGAAAAAUGACCAUGGACAUCCUAAAAGUACUUUGUCACUUAGAAGGACAAACAUUUUCAAACAUUUCUGAAUCCCAGCCAUACCUGGGCACCUGUUUGUAUCUGUCUGUUGUUGAUUGGAUGAAAGCAGAUCUGAAUGCGAGCUUGCAGUUGAUUUUAAGUAAAGGGUUGGUUUAAGCGGACCAAAUGUUUGGAGACGUCGAGGAUAGAAGUCUGAUGCUUCACCAGAAGAUAGAAAUAUAUUUUAAUAAAAAAAUUAAGGUAAAAAAAAAAAAAAACAAGAACAAUGUACGGAUGAACGUUCACAAUGAGAUAAAUAACAUGUACAUAGAAAAUAGCUGAAUUUUAAUUUCAUGCCAACUCUAAAAAGCUUAAAUAGUGCCAGAAGGUUUAAACAAAAACAAGGUUGGUUUUUCAGGCAUGCCUCAGCUACUAACAGACUGAUAACAACCCAUCAAGAGGACGGAUACUUAAAGGGAUAGUUCACCCAAAAAUGAAAAUUCUGUUAUUAUCCUCUCUUAUGUACAUCCUUACUACUUUUCUUGGCCUUGAAUGUGUUAGUUGCAUUUCUGCCUAUGCAGGGUCAGAAAGCUCUUUAAUUUCAUCAAAAAUAUCUUAAUUUGUGUUUCGAAGACGAAUGAAGGUCUUAUGGGUUUGGAACGACAUAAGGGUGAGUAAUUAGUAACAGAAUUUUCAGGUUUGGGUGAAUUAUAUCUUUAACGAAUGUAACUUGAAAAGACCAUAUUCUACGGACUUUGGUUCUUUCUACUAAAACACUCAGCAGCUGUCCAACACUAACACUGUAACUUUUCAACUUUCACAAUACAAUCAAGAUAAAAUUGCACAAUUUUCAAUAUCAAGGCAGACUCAGGACUCAUAUCUACUCUAAUGCAUGAUGUUUGACACAAAUACAUUCAUCACAUCAGUUUUUCAUCAGCUCAGCUGAAUACUGUCCUAACGUGAAGUGUUUAUUUGCAUGUAAACCUUAGUUUAAGUGUUGAGGAAAAAAUAAAAUAUAUUCUCUUUUUUGCA